AUGUCAGUUUCUAGUCAACUUGUGCCAUUAAGGGUCACAAUUAGCCCUAGUAAUAGUCACUACAUUUACUUUCCUGCCGAAAAAGACCACAAUGGCAGAGACGUAAGACGACUUAUAAUUUUCAGGGAGUUGAAGGUUGAAUAUGUAAACGCUGAUCAAGUUAAACCACAAGAUAGCGAGAAAGUCAAGUGCUAUAUCAAAGUCGGCACUAAAUCCAAGGAUUUCAUCAAUGAAUCGACAAAAGAGGGAAAAUAUCUUUCUGAAAAGCACAAUCCUAAGAAUAAAAUGAAUCGCGUAAUGGAUGUUUGGGCGUCGAAAGGCUGGGUUUUUGAUGCUGACGGCAGACCUCUGCCAUCUUCUCUCCCAGCUCCAUCUGAACAGUCAAGGGCCAAAACUGACGCGUCGAAAGAUCCCAAAGAGAAGAAAAAGCUCUUUGAUAGCAAAACGAAAAAGGUGAAGGCAGAAGAAAGAACAGCACAGGGAAAACAGCCAAUCAGGAAUGAGGUAUCAAAUAAAGCUGGAGAUAGUAGAAGAGUCCCCAAUCCUCUCUCAACUUCAUCUAAACCAAUGGACGCCAGUACCUCUAGACGGGGACAUUCCGAGGUGUUAGAUAGUGACUCCGAUGAGUCUUUAUUCGUCUCACAAAGAAAACCCACGCAUUCAAAGUCUGCAGCAGGUGACCAGACGAGAAAGGCGUCCAGGAAUCCUUUAGCGAAGAAAUUGUUUCCAUCGGACGAAGAAGAUAAUUCCGCAUCUUUAGAAUCGCGCCCUAAGCCAAAAGCCACAGGAGGCAAAACUAUAGAACCUCCUAAGCCUGCCAAGAAGACGACGACGAAUUCUGAUCUAGCGGGCGACAAGUCCAAAAGAAGAGAGGGAGGUGGAAGACCAAAGCCCGAGAGUGUUAGAGCGACUGAUGCAUCGAGUCGUGGAACCGCAAAGAGGCGUGAUGAUCGUAGUAUAAGCAGAAGCAGACCUGCUAAGAAGCCUGAAUUCCAGCAACAAGGCGAAGACAGUUCCCGUACUUCCUCUGGUCCACCCCAAAAAGCAGCAGUAAGGCAAGGACUAGCAGUAAGUAAACAAAGCACGAGCACUGGUAAAAGUAGUUCAUCCAGAACACGCACUGGCAAUGAGCUUGCACCAAACACAGGCGUAUAUUACAAGUCUAAAGGUAAAUACACCUCGGGGAGAAAAACUUGGUCUGACGAAGAGAUUGACCCAAACAGACCACCAACAGAAAAGGAGCUACAAGACAUGGAGCUAGAAGAUGCGGAAAAGAUGUGGAAAAAAGAAGCAUGGAACAAUGCUUUAGUAAAAUCAAGCUCGGAUUACAUAGAAACAAAUAGACGGGAUAAAAAUCGACGGUCAUGGUGGGAGAAUAGGUAG